GCCUUUCUCAGAGGAACAGACAGUAAGACGAGCUGGUCUGACCAGCGAUCUGCCAGACCGCAGCUGACCACACUGCAAAAUAACUCUGAGACUCAUUCAGAACUGAAAGAAGAUUCUGUUAAGAACAUGGAGGGAUCCAUUUUUAUCCUCCUCCUAUGGUGUCAUCUCCAAGGCGUCGGAGGCCAGAGCUGGACCGUGUUUCUGCCCUAUAGUGUGAAGGGUCUGCAGGGUUCCUGUGUGAGGAUCCCCUGCAGCUUCUGGGUGGCGCCGGGAUAUGAUACUUACCUGGACCGUACAUGUGAAGCCCAAUGGUUAUAUGAUUUUAGGCGAGACCCAGUGUUUGACUCCAGCCUCGGAGGAUAUCCAAACCUCUACCAGGGAGAGCUGGUGGGGAAUCUCCUGACAAGAAACUGCACAACCAUCUUUCACAACCUCCCCGUCUUCAAAUCCAAGCUUUUCUUCAAAAUAAAUUGUCAAAACAAUCUCAAAUACCAAUACACUACUGGCGUUGUGGUCGAGGUUAAAGAUGUGUGGAAUCCGGUCUUGAAUCCAAAAGGCCAAGUGGAGGUUGUUGAAGGCAGGCCAGUCAUGCUUUCCUGCACCGCUCAGAUCCUCUGUCCGUACCGACCCACGCUGUCAUGGACACCAAGCCUUGGAGACACCCAGGAGACAGUGGAAGAUGAGCUUGUGACCUCUGUGCUGACCUUCAAUGCCUCCUCGCUUCACCAUGGACAGAGGAUCACCUGCUCCUCCCUCUACAAGCGCCACACAGGACUAAGCGACGCCUCCUUCGAACAAUAUUUGACCCUCAACGUUUUGUACCGUCCGGACAACGUAUCGGUGAAGUGGCCGUCCAGCCCGGUGCUGGAGGGGAGCUAUGUGCGUCUGAGCUGCAAAGGCUCCGCCAACCCCCCAGUGAACCGCUACGCCUGGUACCGCUCCCGACUGAACCCAGGAACCGAUCAGCGGCCCUCUGAGGGGCCCCUGGGUUUCAGUCGGUCCAUCACCGUGUUGGUCUCUGCAGACGCUCAGUACUUCUGUGAAGUGGGGAACCUUUACGGAGCGAAGAACACCAGCCUGACCCAGAUGGUCGUCCACUAUCCUCCUAGAGAGGUGGAGCUGAGGGCGGAGCCGCAGGGCGGGGUGCAGGAAGGACGGGGCUUCACGCUGAGCUGCUCCGGCCGGGCCUGGCCCUCCUCAAACUACACCUGGUACCUGGCCUCAGCAGGGGCCCCCGGGGUCAGGGUCCCUCUCCCAGACCACGGGGCCAACCUCACGGUGGAGCGGGCAGAGCGACGCCACGGCGGACUCUACUACUGCCUCGCCGGAAACUACCUCGGAGCGAUAGAGUCGGACCCCGUCCACCUGGACAUCCUCUUUGCUGCUGAGAUCCUAAACUCCUCCCACUGUGUGAGGCUUCCCUCUGGGGUCCUCUGCUCCUGUGAGAGCCAGGGGAACCCCGUGCCAACGCUGACCUGGACAUUGGAUGGAGAGGCCGUCGAUCACUCUGCACACCGUCCCAUCAGGGAGUAUCAAACCGGCAACCUGGGAGUCAUGAGUGUCAUCAGCUUGCCCCAAUCAGACAAAGACCCGCCCACUGUCAUGUGUCUCAGCAACAACUCUAUGGGCGACAACCGCUUGGAGUUGGCUUUCUCUAAAAGCGAACCUGAUUGGGCAGCCUUCCACACCGUCUCUCUGCUGAUUGGCUUGGCAGCAGGCUCUUUGGUGAUGAUGCUGCUCUGCACUCUGUUCCAUAUGACACUCAGCAGAAAGAAGAGAGACCAGCUAUCAGAAAAUACAAACCACAGGAACCCUUCUGAACUUGCCUUGGCGCUGGUCGAGGAAGCAGAGGUGGUUUACGGGAACAAUGCGGUUCUGGACGUAGUAGGAGGAAAAGAGGAAGAGCUCCAGUACGUUGACCUGAGCUUCAUCUUGCUUCAGGCCCUGCCGGCCGCAAACCCCGGAGUGGACUUAAUCAGAGGAAUGGACUCCAAGACAGAUGAGUACGCUGAGAUCCGUCCGCACCCCACAGGAAGUGGCGAAGGAGAGCCACAGGAAGAGGAAGUGUAUGCUGAGUGUGUUUCUUACGGCCAAACGAGCGCCGGAGAGGAGGUCAUGGCUGAGGGUUCGCUUAUAGCCGCAAAGGACUCUGAGACGGAGUCGUAACGGGACAUUGCAGAACAAGACUUUGACCCAAAUCUUCACAUCAGCGAAAUGUGUCUUUCGAAAAUAUCAGAAAUCCCCGCCCCUAUAAUGCUCAUUUAGAUGCCUCAAGAAUGCUUUGUGAAAUUAUUUGUACAGAAUAAUGGAUAAAUAAUGCGUCUUUGUAUCAUUAAUCAAAUAAUUAAUUUCAUCUUUCUUAUAUAGAAUUUGUACAUCUUUGAAAGAUGAUAGACACAAUAUUUGUUUUAUAUCACUUCUUUAUUUAUAACCGUAGCCUGUAUUUGUGUAUGUUAUAUAAUUAGUCAGUUACAUUGCGAUUCUUGCAGCAUAAUGGUACAAUUCCACUGUUUCACUCAUAAAGGUAUGCAAUGCUAGCUCCAGUAAAACACUGUUUGUGUAAUGGUGAGGAGUUUUUUUUUCCUGCUAGAAAGCAGAAGCAAGACACAGUGACGCAGUUCCUGUUGUCUCAUGAUCCAGCACCCACAUCACACCCUGUAAACCACACUCAGGAAUCACACAGUGUAUUUGGGGACAUCAACGCUUGAUGUUGAGAGGGUCCCAGUUCUACCAAACUGACCGGUGAAGCUUCAGUAAACCCUUAACCAGGUAUUCUGCGUGAAGUGGCAGAUCAUCCCUUGCUUAAUAGAUAAAUUCCCUACAGAUAGAUUCCCAACAACAGGAAAUGCGUGUUAGGGUUCAGGGAUUAACUGAAACCCUGACCUGAGCUGUUAAGCAUGCACGUUAAAAUAAGAGCUGCAAUGAUGCUUAGCAUAUAGAACAGAACAAAUAGUACCACAUUCUGCUCCUCUCCUCAAACCGUGGUAGGCCUUCUCAUUUUCAAUUCUUCCUCAUCUUGUAGUCUUCUUGGUCUUCCUGGUCUUGGUCUUCUUUGCCAUGAAGGUGACCUGGGAAUAGUUGAGCUCGAUGUCCACCAUCUGGUUGUCCUCCUCGUCCAGGUUCUCAUAGUUCUUUGAAUUAUGACAUAGUUUAAGUAUUAUGGUGGGCUUCAUUCUGUGGAAAGUUCUAAGUGUACCGAAUACAUGAACAGCCACAGACGAUGUGGAUGUUAACUUUGUGUUUUUAAAGUAGUUAGAAUGCCUUUACUGCUCCUCGCGAUGCUGUCCGGGAAACGUUAAUUAGGUAACGGCAAGACUGGUCUCUUUAGGUCACUGAGGAACAAUGCAAGACAGCAUAAAAUAUGAAAUUGGCAUGUGGACUGGAAGGAAAACUGACCUUGUUGGCUAUUUUUGAAUACACAUCAUUUUCCAUCGCUGCUGGUGGGGAACACCCUUGACUCCUCGAAAACAAAAUGUUCUCAGAACCUAAUCUUUUAGAAUAAUGAUGUAAUAUAUCAUCCUUAACCACAUACAGGAGGUCAAAAUCAAGAUACUCACAGGCCCUGAGUAGGGAAGUGCAAGGAAGCAUAGUUUACUUCAUCGCCUGCAUAGCUAUGGUCCCCUCUGAUUGGCUGUCAGAAAGAGAAAUACAUUUAAAAAAGUUUAAACUGAAUCCAUGUUUAGACUGCUACACCACAAACAGACCAGAACUAAUGUGAAUCCUUCAUCCUCCUCAAUUGGUUUCCUGAAUUGUAUUCAAGUGCUUAUAAGUUGACUGGCGGCCACAAGUGUAAAUCAAACCAAUCAGGGCAGAGGAAAGAGGUUGUUUACAAUCCUUUUUCAAGUAACUUACAACUUCAGAAUUUCCAAACUAAAAUUGCAAGAAAAGCAACGUAAAAAUUAAGAAAGAAAUUCAUUAAGAGUUGCCAUAACCCUUAGAUCUCCAACCUCACACACCAAAGCAGAGGAGUAUAAAUGCGUCUCCAGCCCAAAUCUCCUGGUAAUAGUUAUUCUGCUAAAAUUAUUGUGUGCAUUUAUCUUCCACCGCACCUGCUUUCCAGUAGGCAGCUUGACUGUACUGUACACUGUGUCGUUAUCGGACCUGUACAGAGACAUUGACAUCACAAUAUUAAAGCAGUAGACACUGGCUAAAUACACAGUGGACUUAC